AUGGAAACGUCGACUUCUUUGCCGGCGACGAUGGAUUCGAGCGACUCCUUUGAGAAUUUGAAGCAACAAAUGGAAGCGGAUGAUUUGAUCAGGGUUUCGAGUUUUCCUAGGCGGAGAGCUGUGAAUAAAAAAGCUCGGCCGCGUCGCCAACAGUCUUUUGGCCGUGAAAUCGGCCACGCUGCGGCGGAGACCUAUUUGGUCACUAGCCUCAGCUUCAAGCUCCUUGGCUACCUCGGGGUAGGCUACCGCUGGAUCACACGACUUCUUGCCCUUGCUUUGUAUGCCAUGUUACUUAUGCCAGGUUUUCUCCAAGUUGCAUUUCAAUAUUUCUUUUCAAGCCAAGUCCGCAGAAGUAUUGUUUAUGGAGAUCAACCAAGGAAUAGGUUGGAUUUAUAUUUACCAUCAAAUGAAGAUGGUCUGAAACCUGUGGUAGCAUUUGUAACUGGUGGGGCUUGGAUUAUUGGGUACAAGGCAUGGGGUUCUCUGCUAGGACUACAAUUAGCAGAAAGAGAUAUCAUAGUGGCAUGUAUUGAUUACAGAAAUUUUCCACAGGGAACAAUCAGCGAUAUGGUUAAUGACGUUUCUCAAGGGAUUGCUUAUAUUUGCAAAAAUAUUAUUGAAUAUGGAGGUGAUCCAAACAGGAUUUAUCUCAUGGGUCAGUCAGCUGGUGCACAUAUUUCUUCAUGUGCUCUUUUGCAGCAGGCAAUCAAAGAAUCCAGAGGCAAUAGCAUUUCUUGGAGUGUCUCCCAGAUAAAAGCUUAUUUUGGUUUAUCAGGGGGAUACAAUUUACUCAAUCUGGUUGAUCAUUUCCAUAAUCGAGGCUUGUAUCGCUCCAUCUUCUUAAGUAUAAUGGAAGGAAAAAAAUCACUGGAACAAUUUUCUCCUGAAGUUAUGGUACAGGAUCCAAGCUCUGACAAGGCAGUUUCUAUGCUGCCCCAUAUUGUCCUUUUCCAUGGUACUGCAGAUAGUUCCAUACCAUCAGAUGCAAGUAAAGCAUUUGUGGAUACACUCCACAGAAGGGGCGCUCGAGCAGAACUUAUUUUAUAUGAUGGGAAAACCCAUACAGAUCUAUUCCUCCAAGAUCCUCUUCGUGGGGGUAAAGACGAGCUUUUUGACUACGUGGUAGCCUUCAUACAUGCUGAUGACAAAGAAGCUCUUGCUAGGGAUGCAAUGGCUCCUCCUAGACGAAGAUAUGUCCCAGAGAUAUUGUUGAGAUUGGCUCGUCGGGUCAGCCCCUUUUAG